CGUUGGAGGCAGAAUGGGCCAGGUGUAGGAAACAUGUGGGCUAUAGAUAAUGUUUACAUUGGACCAUCAUGCCUUAAAUUUUGCUCUGGACGUGGCCAGUGUACCAGAAAUGGGUGCAAGUGUGACCCUGGCUUUUCUGGUCCUGCAUGUGAGUUAGCUUCUCAGACUUUCCCAGCCUUCGUUUCUGAGAGUUUUCUGAGCCCGAGAUUAUCAUCCUAUCACAACUUCCAGUCAAUUCGAGGAGCAGAAGUCAGCUUUGGAUGUGGUGUUCUUGCUAGUGGAAAAGCACUCGUCUUCAGUAAAGAUGGUAGGCGCCAUCUCGUUACAUCAUUCCUGGACAGCACACAAGCCAGAUAUUUGCAAUUCACCCUACGCCUCAGCAGCCGCAGCAAACUGAGUACCUGCAAGGCUCCUGACCAGGCAGGAGAGGGUGUCCUGCUCCACUUCUCCUUUGAUAAUGGGAUCACUUGGAAACUCUUGCAACAUUUUUCCUACCGAGGCUUUUAUGAGCCCAGAAUUGUGUCUGUACAGCUACCUGAUGAAGCUAAGAAGUUUGGAGUCCAGUUCCGCUGGUGGCAGCCCUACCAUUCAGGUCGUGGUCAUGAUGUGUGCAGUGGAUGA